AUGGAAUGUAAACAAGUUAUCAUUAAACAUAAAUGGUUAAUCCUAUACAAGAUCGGAGAAGGGUCCUUUGGACAGGUAUUCAAAGCCAAAGACAUAAAGUCGAAUGAUUUUUAUGCGAUCAAACGUGAAUUGAAGGACAGCCCACAGCUUUACCAUGAAUUCAAAUUCUACAAGACGUUAAAGGGUGGACCUUGUAUACCAAAUUGUUACUGGUUUGGUCAGCAUGACGGUUUUAAUUGUCUUACCUUGGAUUUGUUGGGUCCCAGCUUAAAGCACCUUCAAGAAAAAUUAAAGGAGAUACCAUUAAGGAUUGUUGUUCAAAUAGGAUGUCAAUUAAUAGCCUGUUUCAAGCAUAUGCAUGACCUUGGCAUUGUCUAUCGGGACAUCAAACCAGAGAACUUUUUAUUCCCUUACAAAUAUUCCUUUUCCUCUUUCUCUUCUUCUUUAUCAUCGUCAACUUCACCACCUUCACCACCAUCGUCUUUGGCUUUAUCAGUACCGCCAUUACCAUUAUAUAUAGUUGAUUUCGGCUUAGCCACUUGGUGGAGGAAUUCCAGGACGAAUAAGCCUUAUCCUGAAGCAAAAUAUAUUAAAUACAAGACAGGAACGGCAAGAUAUGCAUCCAUACGUGUUCACAAGGGCCAUUCCCACGCCAGAAGAGACGACUUGGAAAGUCUUGGUUAUAUGUUACUUGAUCUGCUCUGUGGUGACUUGCCUUGGUCAGGCGUAGUAGCACGUUCGCGUAAAGCAGGAUGGGAUCGGAUUAGAAAAAUAAAAGAGGACACGUCCUUGUUUGAUCUAUGCAUAGGAUUACCCGUGGGUAUUCUUCAUUUUAUUGACUAUACAAGAAAACUUGAAUUUUACGACACACCUGAUUAUGACUACCUGAUAUCCGUUUUACAAGAAUCUCUACCCUUUGGCUCUUAUUCGACACUGGUCAAACCACAAACGCAAGACCUGUUUGAUUUACCUUCUUUUUCAAAAUCCAUACAAAUUUAA